UAAGAUUAAAACACAUUAUGUCGUAACGGGCGCGCACGCGGCGCACCGCCCGCGCUGGCUCCGCAAGCGACUCGCGUCGCAGGCGCACGGUUCAUGGCCGCCCAGGACGGUGGCCGCGAACUUGUGCAUGUUGCUUGUGCCUGCGCCGUCGAGUGUUGUUAUUCGCGCGGUUCGGAAGCGCGCGGCACGCGAGUUUGUGUGUCGCCGCGCGCGCCGCUUCGCGCGGCCAGUCCUGAGGCGCGCGCCGGGGCGGUAAAUCGGCUAACCCGCACACCGGGGCGUGGUAGUUCGCGCCGCGCGCCGUCGCCGCCGCGCGCGGCCAGGAGGCGCGCGCCGGGGCGGCUAAGCGUGGCGCGGCGCCGCCGGGGCGUCACUGGUAGCUCGCGCGGGCGCCGCCGCCACCGCACGUGGCCAGGGGGCGCGCGCUGGGGCGGCUAGCGGCGUGGCCCGCCCGCCGGGGUUGUGACCAGGUCGCGCCUGAGGCUUAGGGC